AUGGAGCAACAAGACGUCCAACCAGAUCCGACGCAGGAGCCGGUAUCAAAACGGCAGACUGCCGGGGCAAGUGAUAAGAUCGCCGUCUGGUGGAUCUUCGGUCUCACUGGCAUCGUUGUGGGUAUUUAUUUCCUCGUCUACUGGAACUGGGUGUCAAUGCCGACGGCACUUAGGCUCACGGAUGAGCCUACCCAUUCGGAACGAUUCAUAGCGGCGCUAGCGAAGCAAAAUCUACUGGAGAUGAGCAGCGUUGGUCCGCGAGUGGCCGGCAGCUACGCGAACGAAGUCCUUACGGUUGGGUUUUUACGUCGCGUGAUCCAAGCGAUCGCCGAUAAUGCCAAUCCGGUGCACCGUGUGGAGCUAGAGGUACAGCAAGCCUACGGUCACAUGUUUCUGGACUACGAAAAGUACCCGCAGACGAGCGUUUAUCGAGGCAUCCAGAAUGUCGUGGUACGGCUUGUGCCAAGUGGUGGUGUGGCCGAACCGGAGCACUUCCUUAUGCUCAGCUCACACUUUGACAGCGUUCCGCAGAGUCCGGGUGCGGGAGAUGACGGUACGAUGAGUGUGAUUAUGCUCGAGGUGCUGAGAAAGCUGUCGCAGCACCCACAACCCUUCGCUCAUGGUAUCGUGUUCGUGUUUAAUGGGUGCGAGGAGAAUACAUUGCAAGGAUCGCAUGCGUUCGUGGCGUAUCAUCCACUGUUUCAGCGAGUACGUACUUUCAUUAACAUGGACGUGGCUGCCAACGGUGGGCGUGACAUUAUGUUCCAGGCCGGCCCGAAGUACUCCUUUCUGAUGGAGUACUACCGGGACAACGUUCCGCAUCCCUACUGUACGGCGGUAGCCGAGGAACUCUUCCAGGCGGAUCUUGUCCCCUCCGAAACGGACUAUUACGUCUACACCAAGUUUGGUAACAUACCCGGAAUGGACUUUGCCCACAGUACCUGGGGUUACCUGUACCACACGGCGUACGAUUCGUACUCGACGAUCCCCGAAACAACGCUCCAACACACCGGCGACAAUGUCCUAGCGCUAGCGAAGGCCCUCGCGAAUGCGGAUGAACUGUACGACAUCCGGGAACACGAGGGCAGCAAGGCGGUGUUUUUCGAUUUCCUCAACUGGUUCCUGAUCUACUAUCCGCUUUGGGCAUCCAUUCUGCUCAAUGUUGGCCUGUCACUGAUAGCCAUCGCUGUCAUUGGGAUAUCACUGUGGAUGACGAUGCGGCAGCACGGUGUAGCUUUCGGAACGUUGAUCAUCCAGUGUCUUCUGAGCGUUGGCGUAAUUCUGCUGUCGGUGAUAGUAGGAGUCGGAUUGAGCCUGGUGCUGGCUGUGAUCCUGAACGCAGUCGGUUCCUCGAUGAGUUGGUUUACGCAAAGCUGGCUCAUAAGCGGGCUAUACGGAUGCCCUUAUUUGCUAGCGCUGCUCGCUGGUCCUGUUUUGUUCGUGCGCUUUGUUCGUCAGGACCAACUUCCGGUGCAGGUUCGCGUUCAGCUGCUGCUACACGUGACCUGCCUACUGUACGUGCUGAUACUGAUCGUUCUAACGGCGAUGAGCAUUCGUUCGGCGUACCUCUUUACGGUCGUGAUUCUAUUCUACACCAUAACAGCGAUGGUGAAUCUGCUGAUCCGCUACAAAUCCACGCACUGGAUCUACGUGCAUCUGAUUGGUCAGAUCAUACCGAUCGCGUACCUGAGCUCGGUCUCGCUGACUAGCUUCUCCACCUUCAUACCGAUGCAAGGCCGAGGUAGCGCUGGUUCGAAUCCGGAACUGUUGAUCGCCUUGUUUGCCGUGUUGUUGGCAUUGCUGGGCACCGGACUGAUCACUCCGCUGCUCGCACUAACCCGGAAGCCCUACUGGUACGUAGGGUUCGUGGGGUUGUUCUUUGUCAUCUCGAUCAUUGUAAUGGUGACGGAGGCGGGAUUCCCCUUCCGAGCGGCUACUUCCCCACAGCGGUACUACAUUUACCACAUGGAUCGUCACUUUUAUCACCACAAUGGCACCAUGCGCCGAUCGGAUGCACGGUACUACAUUCAUCCCCAGGAUCGUCAUACACCGGACCUUAUCAUGGACCUCAUUCUCGAGAUGGCACAGGCAACAAAGCUCGGGGACGAGUGUGAUCGUGAGCUGUACUGCGGCAUACCGUUCUAUCAGAACACACAGCACUCACAACGUGACAAUGCCUGGUGGUUACCCGCGGCAGUACCGAUCAUCCCGGUUCCGGUUGAACUCCAGCUGACGAACAAACGGUUCGAUGCGGUAACGAAUGGUACCACGUUCCGCUUUACGGUAUCCGGACCGGAUCAUAUGAGUUUCUACGUGUCACCGGUGCAAGGGAUAACGCUAACAAGCUGGAGCUUCAGCGAUCGUAUACCUCGCAGUGGUCUACGUUGGCAGGGUCAAGAUGUACAUUACAUCAACUACGUGCACGGGAUCGAUGAUUCACCGUACGAGUUCGAUAUUACGGUGCAGGGUGUGGCUAUGCAUCCACAGGAAGCUGGCUGGAGCUUCUACUUGAACGUUGUUGCACAGUACAUGCACCACGAGCAGUACAGAACGAAGGAGUUUGGUCAGUUCAUCAAUCAGUUUCCACCCUAUGCGCAUGUCGUCGCCUAUCCGACGUAUCUGGAGAGCCGGAUCUUUUAA